AUGAGGUACAGUAAUCUCAUUACCAUUUUCUCUGUCCUGGUAGCUGAUGAAUUUAGGAUCGAAACAUGCCAUCUGUGCUCUCGCCCAGUUUACCCUUCCAAAGGAAUAACAUUCGUUCGCAACGAUGCAAAAGUCUUCCGAUUCUGCCGCUCCAAAUGCCACAAGAACUUCAAGAUGAAGCGACAACCCCGUAAACUCAAGUGGACCAAGACGUCUCGCGCUCUACGUGGCAAGGAAAUGAUUGUCGACCAAAACCUACUUCUAUCACAAUUCGCCAAGAGACGAAACGCACCUGUCAAGUACGACCGCAACCUCGUGGCCGCGACCAUGAAGGCCAUGGAACGCAUCGAAGAAAUCAGAGCCCGACGAGAGCGUGUAUACACCAGACGCAGACUCAGCGGAAAGGCACAACGCGAGGCAAGAAGACGACAGGAUCUCAAGGUCGUCGCGCAAGGAGAACACCUCAUUCGAAAGGAAUUGGCAGACCUCGAGGCCGCGAGGGCGGAGACGGAGCCUAUGGUCGAGGAAGUCAAGGCCCAAAUGGAGACUUCAAGAGUGGUUGGAGAGGAGAGACUCAGACAGAAACGAAAGAGGAAGAUGCUUGUUGGUGGUGGCACGGAAGAGGAGAUGGAUCUCGAUUGA